UUCGAAUGCAAGCCGUCGUCCGUCGUCCCUGACUUUCAUCACAGCUCCCUCAUCAUUAUUGGAUGACAGGAUUGAAGGUUCCGGCAUGGUUCAGCGGGCACACACUCUUCGUUGCUUUCUUCCAGCAUGAUGCGGCAAAGUCAAGCCUAGGUAUUACGAAUCAGGCACACGCUCGGCUUGCUUGUGAAUUAAUAAAUCCUCUACACCAACCGUGUCCGGGCCACGGAGGAUCAACGCUCGCGGCCUUGAGUCCUUGGUCGUCCUCGGCCCGGGCAAGGCGAUAGUCAUCGCUUGCUGCAAAAACGCAAUAUUCUUUGUUUCUGACCGCUUUGACUCUAUUAAUAUGAAGCUUUUCACCAAACCCUUUUCCGUCUGGCGCGGGUUUGUUGUGCCCGCAAUGCUUAUGACAGGCCAAGCCUUUCCACCCCCAGCACUGCCCCGUUACGGGCACAGUCUGAUUCCAUCUGACGAAACGCCAGAACUUACGCCGGGCCUUGCCAAUGCCCGCACUGGUCCUCGGCCUCCUCCCCAAGCGCCGACAAGAUGCUACAAGAUCCUCGCCAUGGAGCCGCUGUGGGGAGGCAAUCCCCGCGGUUUUUUCUUCUUCGGCCGUUGCUUGAGUUUCACCUCCUGCUCCCAUCUCCGUCGGAAGCUUCGCUGAUUCUUCCCACUGCAGAUCAACCCACGAAAACAGUCCCGAAAAGGCAGCAUCUCAGUCUCCGACCGCCUACACGGCCCGAACCAGAGCCGGAUCCGGUAGGAGCACUAUCAGUGCGUGCCUGGAUUAACAAAACAGAUAACAUCGAUCCUCACUUCUCCAGCGACUCCAAAAAAUACAGGAACUAUUGACCACGCGACAAACAGUGCUCUCAGUCUCUCGCUCCCACCGGCAUAUUAACAUCCCGAAAAGAUACUUAUUAUCUGCAAAAUAUGCUUUAUAUACUUACAGUAGCGACAGCUUUCUGCCUUCUCCUCCCAGCGCUGUCGAUCGCCGCCCCGAUACCAAGAGAAGUCCAGGUCCCCGCUGAGCUUUACGAUAUGAUACACGGGCUCUCGGCACGGGACGAGGUCAAACGCAUCUCCUCAGGCGAAUGCAAAGAGCAAAGAAAGGGCGGGUUCGAGUUUUGUGCCGAGGGUCGGAAUCUCUGCGAAUCUAGGGACGACAAGAACAACCUCAAGUGGGAGUUCGUGGAGGGCUCGAGCAUAAGCUGCCCGUCCUCUGGCUGGACUAGAAACCCCUCGAUAGUCAGCAUCAAGAUCACCAGGUCAACGCCGGAGGCGGACCCGGACACUGCUCCGCCGCCAGAUGCUGUCUAAGCACCGGCAGGAGUGACCACCUAUGCUUUUAUCCGACGAGCGCAGAAAAUAAAACAUCUUUUCGCC